AUCGGACAAAGCCACUGCUCAGAAUUACCCAUAUACCAAAAAACUCGACCUUCCUUCCCCUCCUCAUUCCUCACUCACCCCUCUCGACAGAACCACUUGAUACGCACUCACACUCACACCCAAUACUCUUAUCUACUAUAUAUGUCAGAGGGACGACACUCGACUACUGCAUACCCAUCCUCAAGAGCUCUCAUCACCCACUGGAAAACCAAGCAUAAACAGGACUCUUAACCUAUUCGAGCCGAACCAGUGCCCACGCCCUUUCGCGACUUUCUCAAGGAUCAGCUACAGUGAUACAAACAUGUGGUCCUCUCUCGAAAAGCUUUCCCUUUCGCCCGCCGGCAUCUCCGCAUCAUCUCAAUCCACAAAGAUGGCCCUCGUCGCCGUCGCCGCUUCCGUCACCACCGCCGCAGUUCUCCUUGGAUACCAAGGGACACAACGCAAACAGCGCUCGAAAAAACUCAAGGAUGAUUUGGGGUUGCCCAAGGGCCCUAUCGCGCCAUUGAAGCCAUCAAGGUCUCUUGAGAUAACGACUGGACACUGGGAGCAGCAGACACGAUCAUCACACCAUCAGCGUACCGGAAGUAAAGAGGAGAAGAUCACGUUUGACGAGGAGUUGGUCCUCGAGCAAUUGGCCAGGAAUAUCGCGUUCUUGGGCGAGGAGGGCGUUCAAAAGUUGCGCGACUCCUUUGUGGUGAUUGUUGGAGCAGGCGGAAUUGGAAGUUGGGCUGCCAGCAUGUUGAUCAAGAGCGGUGUCGGCAAGGUGCGCAUUAUCGACUUUGAUCAGAUCUCCCUCUCCGGAUUGAACCAGCACGCAACCGCGACAAGGACAGAUAUUGGCACACCCAAGGCCGUUGCAAUGAAGAAGCACUUCCGACUGAUCGCACCCUGGGUCAAAGUCGAUGCACGAGUCGAACGUCUACAGGAAGACUCUGCGGAUCAAUUGCUGUCAGGCAACCCUGACUAUGUGGUGGACGCAAUAGGAGAUCUCCACACAAAGCUGCAGCUGCUGAAGUACUGCUAUGAGCAUAAGAUCCGUGUUAUAAGCUCCAUGGGUGCAGGCGCCAAGGCCGAUCCUUCGCGUGUGCAGAUCGGCGACAUUUCCGAGACCUUUGAGGACCCAUUGGCAAGAGCUGUGCGUCGUCGACUGAAGAAACUAGGCGUCGACACUGGGAUCGAGGUCGUCUUCUCUUCCGAAAAGCCAUACAGAACCGAACCUUUGAGCACAGAACAGGAUUCCAGCGAUGGUGAUGACAACGUCUACAAAUCAUUGCCCAAUUUCGGACCCGAUUCUCUCCUUCCAAUUCUCUGCCCCUUACCAGCAAUGUUUGGCAUGUCCAUGGCAACCUUCAUCAUCUGUAAAAUCGCCGGCUGGAACAUGGAGCCCCUUUCUGUCAAGUUUCGCAUGGAACUGUACCAGCGUCUUCACCGCAACCUGAAAUCCCGCGAAGAAAGUCUUUACCCAGUCUCAGGAUCUGGCGCCGGUUCUGCGGGCGUGACCUUCCCAUUGAACCGUCAGGAUGUAGGGUAUUUGGUUGAGGAGAUGUUUCGAGGCAAGAGCGCCGUUUCAGGAAGUAUGGAUCAGAUCGCGGUGUGUCGCUGGAAACAAGAUGAGCCCCUUAGUUUGCUGAACACGGUCGUGUUGACGGAGAAGGAGCUGGAGAAGCAUUUGGCGUUGCCUAAGGAUGCGAAUCUGGAGGAGGUGUAUGGGAAGGACGUGGUCGAGUAUGUCGAGGCGCGGUUCAGGGAAGAGGAGCAGAUAAGUCGGUUGUGAUCCCAAACAGUAAAACAGCUUUAACAUUAAAUAGAGACAUUCUUGU